AUGUACGAGCCUACUACCGCUUUGUCUCUGCACCGUCUGAGCCGGCAAAGCCUUCAGAAGCGCUAUGAAUCAGAUGAAGAAGAUGUUUCCGAAUCGGACGCUGGCGGCCACGACUUUGUUCCAUCCCCGACAGGCUCCCAGCGAGCCGGGAUCUUUGACUCUGAUAUUAGCGCCGACGAAAACUCGCACGCUGACCCGGACUCAGACCGGGAAGAAGAGUUCCUGGCACCAUGUCGAGGAGCUAAGAGGCAACGCCCCGUGUCUAUGGACACUGUGAAGCGUAACAGUGAAGCGAGUUUCGUCGAAGACGCAUAUGUCUUCGACCCCGAAGAGGACAUGGUGCUGGAACUGCCUUCACCAGACAGCCCUGAUCUUUCAUCGAGUCUGUUCCUGCAGCCUACAAUCUAUGUCUCGCCUAAUACUCCCCCAACCACCAAUAUCAGGUCUCGCUCAGCGUCACCAUCGUCUAUCUUUUCAGUGGAAAACGCCGAGAUCCAGAUUGCAAAGAAAAUCACUCUGAUGGAGCCGCCAACACGGCCGACCUUGGUGUUCAUCAACUCUCUAAGCUCACGCUCGAAGAAUUCUCGAUCUCGAACUAGUCGCUCUCGCACACGGGGAAACCCUCGAGACCGCGAGUCCCGCAUUUUCGAUGGAAGAUUCGAAAACGGACUCGAAGUCCCACGACUAGCCGAGAUCAAGGCUUCAGCAACAAAAGACACAGAGAAUGCAGAGUCCUCCUCAGAUAAUGACUCUACAUGCACGACACCUGCCAUGCCCACUCUGGACGACGACUACAUAUCCCGCCCUCUCCAAAGCGCAACCAUCAACCGCGUCUCCGAGAUCCCAGUGGUCCCAUUCCUGCCACCAUCACCACGAAUCAGGCCACAAUCAAUGUAUCGCCCACGACCACGCACAUCUGGCGCUGAAAAGUCCUUCCAACUCAUGCCUAAUGCACGACCACGACGUCCCACGGAUACAAGCCGGCGACCAGCCUCCAUCCGCAGCAACAGCAACAGCAGCGUUCCCUCUUACGCCUCGCUCCCAGCCUCCCCCUUCCCUUCAGACUUGGGCUACAUCCCCGACCACUUCAGCGAUGUUGGAUCCCUCCUCUCCCGCACCUGCAGCCCAGUCUCCUGCGCCUCCUCCCCACCACCACCACCAUCCUACCACUCCCAGUCUCAGUCCCAGCCCCCGAAACGCGGCCACACCCCCUCCAAGCACAGCGUAUCCAACAUCCUCGCCCAACGAUCCCCAAUGAUGCGCCGCAUGACCCGCAAACACUCGGCAACGUCCAGCAUGAGCAGUCUACGCUCGGAAAUGGAUCCUCCCGUCCCAGUCCCAGCACCGAGUGCACAGAUGCCCCAGACAGCGGUGAACUAUGAUUCCCAUCUUGUCCGGAAGAACAGUCAACGCCGCCAUGCACGGCAUAAUAGUGCUGCACCCGGUGCUGGGGGACGCAAGUUUAUGGGGUUGAAGCUGGGGAAAAAGUCUUUUACAAAGGCCUAA